CUGUGAAUUUAAAUGAGGCCUGCAGGAUGCGUGCCCUCCAGGCAGCGUGAUGGAGAAGCUGACAGAGUCCAUGGCACCAGCUUUCCUGAGUAGGAACAUGUCCAGCUUCACCACCUUCAUGAUCAACUACUCGGCCUUAGACACAUCCCACCGGGUCCUGGACCAGCUGUUUACUAGUGCCAUCUCUUCUCUGGUGGGAACCUUCCUGGACCCAGGGCAGGAUUUCUGGGAACCCCUGCACUUUCCCUGCUUCAGGAUGAAGCUGACAUCUCUGCAUCUCAGCUCGCCUGGCUCGGAGCUGGGGACCACGCCUACUUUCUCCAGGUCCAGCUGGAGCAUCCAAGGCCCAUUGAGGCAGAUCUGGAAGGUGAGGAAACUGCAGUAUGGGAAGAUGAUUUGCAGGGUCUUCAAAGGCUAGGUACCC